AUGAGGCAUCUGGUGAAUCUGGUUAUCGGCUUCAUGGUCAGUGUUGUCAAGUGCAACGAAGACGCUAAGAGGCUGUACGACGACCUUAUGGUGAACUACAAUCGGCACAGGAGGCCUGCCAGUGGACCUCAUGAACCGAUCACAAUUAAGUUGAAGUUAAGGCUGAGUCAGAUUAUCGAUGUGCACGAGAUCGAUCAGAUCAUGACCUGCUCGGUUUGGUUGAAGCAGGUGUGGAUCGACAAGAAGCUCUCCUGGGAUCCGAAGAGCUACGGUGGCGUCAGUGUGCUCUACGUACCGUACGAAAUGAUCUGGGUGCCUGACAUCGUUCUUUACAAUAAUGCUGAUAGCAACUACAAUAUCACAAUAUCCACAAAAGCUACUCUUCACUAUUCCGGCGAGGUGACAUGGGAACCGCCGGCGAUUUUCAAGAGUAUGUGCCAAAUCGACGUCAGAUGGUUUCCAUUCGAUGAGCAACAGUGCCAUUUGAAGUUCGGAUCGUGGACGUAUUCGGAGAAUUUGCUUAAUUUGGAGCUGCUCGAGAGUAACGUACGGUAUGAGGAGGAAAUAAACGAGAACGGCAUCGUCGACAACGUUACGAUAGCCGAGGAUGGCAUUGAUCUGUCCGACUAUUAUCCCUCCGUAGAAUGGGACAUCAUGUCGAGAGUGGCGAGGCGAAGGUCGAAGAACUAUCCGAGUUGUUGUCCAGAAAGUGCCUAUAUCGAUAUUAUGGUAUGCGUGCCCCCUAAUAGUUACUGA